AUCCGGACAAUCAAGCUUCCUCACUGUCAACAAGAUAUGUUUUCUCGAGUGGGCAUGGCUAAGGAGGAGACCUUGCGAUCGGGCGAAGAGCUGGGCUCUGCCACUGGUGAAUAUCACGUUGUCCAAAAUGGAUUGCCAAACCAGGAUCUACCAGCAAUACCUGCGAAUGAGGUCAGGAGGAGGAAUGGGAAAUCCUGCCCAGACAUCUGGAUUGUCAUUGACGAUAUAGUCUAUGACUGUACAAUUUUCGUGAACGAACAUCCCGGCGGAGACACGGUCAUUCGGUCAUUUGCUGGCAAAGAUUGUUCGUGGCAAUUUCACAGGGUCCAUGGCUUCCAGAAGAACCGAAAAUGGCUUCCUGGCUUGAGAGUUGGGCAGACUAAAGGUGUCGAAAAUCCUUACCCCAAGCCAAAGAGUUGA